AUGGAUGUCAAGAGCCUGUACACAGUCAUCCCUCAUAUUGGAGGUAUUGAGGCGAUGCGACAGGUGUUAUGUGAGUCUUCGAUGUACCAUGGUCCACCGAUAGAAUUUAUUCUGGAGCUUUUGUCGUUGAUCCUUCAUAACAAUCAUUUUAGAUUUGAGGAUCGGUGGUACUUACAAGUGGCGGGAACAUCUAUGGGGUCAGCCAUGGCCCCUAUGUAUGCCAAUGCGUACAUGUAUGCAUAUGAAACACAGCAUAUAUUGACCACAUAUAAGAAUAACAUUAUUGGAUAUUAUCGUUAUAUAGACGACCUGUUGAUCAUCUGGCGAGGCUCACAAACGGAGGCACAUAUGAUGGUGGAGGAGUUAAAUUUGUUGCCAACUCCUAUCAAGUUUACAGCCAAUAUCAGUGAGGAAAGUGUCCAAUACCUGGACUUAGAACUUUCCUAUGGAGACAAUAGAGUCCAAUACACAUUAUUUUCGAAACAGACUGAUCGGAAUACUCUUUUACACGCUAGGAGUGCACAUCCCAUUUCGUUGAAAAAAUCUAUUCCUAAAGCACAAUUCCAGCGAGUCAUUCGCAAUAAUUCUGAUAUAAAUAAGGCUGAGUUACAAUUGAAAAUCAUGACCCAGAAGUUUUUGAACAGAGGUUAUAACAUUCAGGUACUAGAAGAAGCACUGUUGAAGGCAAAAUUGGCCCCGGUGCAAAAGAUGGAUCCUGUACAGAAAAUAGUAUUUCCGAUGACGUUUCAUAAUUCUUCUAAUUUGAUUUCAACAAUUGUUAAAGACAAUUGGAAAAUGAUUGCUACGGAUGACACCCUGCCAAAGAUUUUUAAAGAGACUCCGUUAAUUUGCUACAGGAGAAAUAAGAGAAAUAAGAGUCUUAAGGACAUGUUAGUACGUACAGACCCUGUGGAAAGUUAUUCUAAAACAGUCAAGCACAACAUACGGGGAAGCAUACGAUGUUUGGGGUGUAUUACUUGUGGACAUAUGAUUCCAGCAAAGAAAUUUAAUCACCCACAUACUAAUAAAAUAUAUGAUAUAAGACACACUAUUACUUGUAAAACCCCCUUUGUUGUAUAUAAAUUGGUGUGUCCGUGUGGCCUCUAUUACGUAGGAAAGACAGAAACACCUCUGUGUGAGAGGAUUAGGGGCCACCGCUCGAGUAUAAGAUUAGCGUACAGGGAUGGCCAGUCUGAUAAGCCAGUUGCUCGGCACUUUCUUGAUAAAAAACAUCCCUUAGCAUCCCUUAAAUUUGUGGGUAUUGAUCAUAUACCCCUUCCCCGCAGGGGGGGUAAUAGGGGGAAGAUGUUGCUUCAGAAAGAGGCUUUUUGGAUACACCAAUUAAAUACAAUAUCUCCCAUGGGUCUUAAUGAGAGCAUCACGUAUCAUUCUUUUAUAUAGGUUUAACCAGCUUGUUACUAUUGUUUUUAAAUAUUUUUAUGUUUAAUGAAUUUCUCAGGAGCAGUGUGUCUAUAAUUAUGCCAAAGUGUUUUUAUAUGUAUGAUAUAUUUGAUUACACAUAUGUUGCUUAUGAGCACUUAUAAUGCACUUUAUUAUAUGCAUGCUAUCACUUUAAAAAUUUUAUAUAUGAAUUUUUUUUGAUUCACUGAUGAGUGCAAUUUCACAUUUAACUAUAACUAGGGCUCAUACACUGAUGGGUCAAAUUUUAGUGGCUUUAUUAUCACUUUAAUGAAGUGUCACUUACCUAGGUUCACUAGGUGUUCUUGUGGUUAGGGAUAUAUGAUACACAAUGAGCCCAUCACAAGAUUUGUUUUAAAAUAAGCACUUAUAUUACUUAUGUAUGGCAUUAAUUUUUUCUUCCCUAUUCUCUAUCUUGGUAUAGACUCCUUUUGUUGUAAGAGGGGUCUUUGUAUAUAUGGUUGCUAAGGAGACCGGUCUAUGUGACCGGGAGUACGUCGGCACGUAA